GGUUUAUGUCCAUCUACUGAGGGGUAACAUGUCUGUAGAUGGGACUACAUUAUUGUUUGAAGGCUUCCUGCAGAAAAGAAAAGACACUCUGAAAUUGAGAUGGGUGACAUAUUGGUUCAGGCUUCAAAAUACAACCUUGUUCUUCUAUACACAGAAGAACGGCAGCGCUAUCUCAAUGACAAAACAGUUGUGUUGAUGUUGCUCUCUUCACAGUCACACCUGAGAGGCCAUUACUACAUUUACACAGUACAGUCAGUGCGAGAGGUCCAGAGAGUUGAUGGCAAGCGCUUUAUGUUUGAGAUCAUGAUGACAAAUGGAAAGAAGAAGGUGUUGGCAGCAGAGACCGCAGCUCUCAGAAAGGAGUGGUUAGGACUCCUAUGGCAGGCCAUGAAUCUAUCUACCUCUGGGGUUACAUACUCCAGAAGCACACACCUCGAGGUGUGUGAGCAGCGAGAGAGACUAAACAGCAGCACACCCGUCUCCUCACACAGUGUGAUGGAGUCGCUCCUUGCUCAGGCCCUCUCGGCUCCUUCAGGCCACAUCCAGCACGAGACCAGGAGCAUCUCCUCCCUCAUCCGUCUGUCUGAAGAGUCAAACCACGAGGAGACUGCUUCCGGAAACACACCUCCAGACCGUAGCUACCAGCAUCACAAUGGCCACAGUGUCGACAAUCCUCAACGGUCCAGUGGGUUGAACCAUGCAGAGGACGUACAAGAAGGAGACUACGACAUUCUACCACUUAGAAACAAGGUUUGUGAGAUCAACACUUCAACAGAGAUGGAUGAGGGCGAGUAUGACUUCCCUCUCUCCUACAGGAGGGCUGCUGAACAUCCAAAGCCCACAGAGAGCAUCUAUGACGUACCGAGCUCAAGGAGCAUGCCUGAUCACACUUUAGAGGAGCAGCCGGAGGACGGUGUCUACUGGAGGAUAUGAGAUCCAGUUUGAGGACCCGAGCGAUGGACUAGAAGGGAGCAGCAGCACCGACUCAGUCACCAAACAACGGAACUUUAGAACCAGACACAGCGGACUGUUGCUGCCUGUUUUUCUGUAACUUUAUAUAUAUAUAUACACACACACACACGCGUGUACAACCACAAUAAAUAGUUUCAACUGUCUGUGGUAUUUAUUUCAGCUUCUAUUCAAGACCAAGAACAACAGUCAUUUAUAACUUUA